GAGACCCAACAGAGGACCAACAGGAGACCCAACAGAGGAUCCUAACAGGAGACCCAACAGAGGACCAACAGGAGACCCAACAGAGGACCAACAGGAGACCCAACAGAGGACCAACAGGAGACCCAACAGAGGACCAACAGGAGACCCAACAGAGGACCAACAGGAGACCCAACAGGAGACCCAACGGAGGACCAACAGGAGACCCAACAGAGGACCAACAGGAGACCCAACGGAGGACCGACAGGAGACCCAACAGAGGACCAACAGGAGACCCAACAGAGGACCAACAGGAGACCCAAACGGGAGGACCAACAGGAGGAACCCAACAGAGGACCAACAGGAGACCCAACAGAGGACCAACAGGAGACCCAACAGAGGACCAACAGGAGACCCAACAGAGGACCAACAGGAGACCCAACAGAGGACCAACAGGAGACCCAACGGAGGACCAACAGGAGACCCAACAGAGGACCAAACAGGAGACCCAACAGAGGACAAACAGGAGACCCAAAGAGAGGACCAACAGGAGACCCAGCAGAGGACCAACAGGAGACCCAACAGAAGACCAACAGGAGACCCAACAGGAGACCAACAGGAGACCAACACUAGACCCAACAGACGACUAACAGAAAACCAACAGGAAGCUAACAGAGCAGACUGA